AUGGUCAAAACUAUAGAAGAUAAAAAGAAAAUUGUUAGAAGUUCGAUUAAUCUUAUAUGGGAAGCUACUGUUGGAGAAAUUAAAAAAAUUGUUUUUAAUAACCAAUUACGUUCAGCAGCAAUUUUCUUAAGUGAUGGCACUGAGGAUACCAAAAACUUGAACGCACCUGGAGAUCUAGAUAGUGACAAUUUAUCACAAGUCGAUGAGCUAAUGUUUAAUGCCCAAGCAAGUGAAAACGAUACAUUAAAUUUGGAAGAAGGUCAACAUACUGAAGAUAAUAAUGUCAAUAAUGACUUUGAAGAAACUGACAAAUUAUUAUCUGAUUCUCAUUCGUCAAUUAAUGUUACUGUUGUCAAUAAUGAAUUUGAAAGUAACGAAGAAAUCGAUGCCUUAUUACCUGAUUCUCAUUCAUCAAUCAAUCAAGCUGAAAAUAACGGAGAAUUGGUUGAAUCUAUGUUCAAUGAUGAGGAAGUUGAUGAAUUAUUAUCUGAUUCUCAUUCACCAAUCAAUGUUACUGUCAAUACUUCGCAAGCAGUUAGCAUCGAUAACCAAAUUUCACCUGAUAACGAAUGUGUUACUGAUAAUCAGCAUGUAGAUGAAUCUAUGCUCAAUGACCAUUCCAAUGACCAGCCCAAUGAUCAGCCAUCAAUUAAUGUUAUCUCAGGAAUGCUUGGACAAACGACCCUGGCAGAAAAUAGUACACUAGCCGAUGAUAUUGAAUCGAUUCAAGAUAAUGAUUAU